ACAAAACUAUAUACUUGUGUUAGUUGUAACUGAAAUUUAAAGGCAUGUAAUAACAUUAAUGGGUAUCCAGUUGAUGAAUGGCCAAUCCCCUCCUCUGUCUCGCACGCUAAAGCACCUAUUUUCCGCCAACGCGCCGCAAUGCGAGUCCCUAUUGCACCGCUGCGCCACCGCCGCCGCCAAAUCCCUGCCCACCACCAAGAAGCUGCACGCCCACAUCACCACCUCCGGCCUCCUCUCCACACAUUUCCUCUCCCUACUCACCGCCGCAUACGCCCUCUGCGGCGAGCUCCACCACGCCUGCAAACUGUUCGACGGAAUGCCCAAACCAACCAUAAUCGCCUACAAAGCCAUUAUCAGAAUGUACACCGAAACCGCCCGCCCCCGCCGCGCCCUCCAAGUGUUUGUCGAAAUGCACCACUCGGGCCGCUACCGGGCCGACGAGUACACGUACCCGUUUGUGAUUCGGGCUUGUAAGGAUUUAGUGUUGCUCGAGUUAGGAACGGUGGUUCACGGGCUGACUGUUAAGACCGGGUUCGUGUUGAACAGUUUUGUGGGGAACUCUUUGCUUGCAAUGUACAUGAAUUGUGGGGAUAGAGAUGGAGCUAGAGCUGUGUUUGAUUCAAUGGAGGAAGAGAGAACCGUGGUUUCUUGGAACACGAUGAUUAGUGGGAGCUUUCGGAAUGGCAGAGCCAAGGAAGCUCUGAUGCUGUUCCAGAGAAUGGUUGAUGGCGACGUGGAGGUUGAUUCUGCUACGGUUCUCUCGGUUUUGCCCGCUUGUGGCUCGCUCAAGGACUUGGAGCAGGGGAGGGAGGUUCAUCGACUCAUAAUAGAUAGUGGCAUUGGUGAAAGAUUGGCUGUUCAGAAUGCUUUACUUGAUAUGUAUGUCAAGUGUGGGAGCAUGGAUGAAGCUCGUCGUGCCUUUGAUUUGAUGGUGGAGAAGGACGUUGUGACGUGGACUAGUGUCAUCAACGGCUAUGCAUUGCACGCGGAUGUGGAUCGUGCCUUGGAAAUGUGCAGAUUGAUGCAGUGUGAAGGUGUGAGCCCUAAUGAGGUCACACUGGCUUCACUUCUGGCUAUGUGUGCCGGCUUGCCCGAUUUGAAGCUCGGGAAGUGCUUGCACGGGUGGGCGAUUCGCCACUGUGUUGAUUGUGACGUGAAUGUGGAGACUGCAUUGAUCGAUCUCUAUGCUAAAUGCAACUCUUUUGGAUUGAGUUUAAGGGUUUUCUCUAGGACUUGUCAGAGAAUGACUGUGCCGUGGAAUGCGAUUCUCUCCGGUUGCAUUCACAACAAGAUGGGUGGAGAAGCUAUCAGCCUCUUUAAGCGGAUGAUGCAGGACGGGGUGAAGCUCAACGAUGCAACGUGGAAGAGCCUCCUCCCUGCAUAUGCAGUGGAGGCAGAUCUCCGGCAGGCGAGCAACAUACACGGCUACCUGAUGAAGUCGGGGUUUCUGGGAAACCCCGACAUUGUCACCGGGUUGAUCGACAUUUACUCGAAAUGUGGGAGCUUAGGGCAUGCUCAUGAGCUCUUUGAUGGUCUCAGGAACAGAGACAUUGUGUUGUGGAGCGCGAUGAUCGGUGGCUACGGGAAGCACGGGGACGGGAAGAUGGCCCUUUCGAUGUUCAAUGAGAUGGUGCAGUCUGGGAUCAGACCUAACGAAGUAACCUUCACUUGUGUGCUGCACGCUUGCGGCCAUGCCGGGCUGGUUGAUGAAGGAUUGAAUCUGUUUAACUUUAUGCAGCAGAAUCAUCAAGAAAGUGUGAGGACGGAUCACUAUACCUGCAUUGUCGAUCUCCUCGGCCGCGCUGCUCGGCUCGAGGAAGCGUAUCGGUUGAUCAAUGCUGCACCGUGUGAGGCGAGCCAUGCCGUUUGGGGGGCGCUGCUUGGCGCCUGCGCGACACACGGGGACGUGCGGCUCGGAGAGAUCGCGGCCAAGAGGCUGUUCGAGUUGGAAGCGGACAACACUGGGAAUUAUGUGUUGUUGGGGAAUAUUUACUCUGCAGUUGGGAGGUUUGAUGAUGCUGAGAGAGUGAGACAGAUGAUGGAUAGUAUUGGAUUGGUAAAAGCUCCUGCUAAUAGUAGUCUCAUCUAAUUAGGUCUCUGUAAUCUCAAUUCAUCAUAUAGUCUAAUCAAUCUAUAUCUGGAUCCAAACUUAUAUUGCUUGGUAUAUUAACAUCAUGGGUUAUUAGCUUGUAAAUACACAAACUUUGUUCAUUUUCUGAAAUUUGACAUUAUUUUUUAUUUUUUGCCCAUAAA